AUGAAUCAAAGUGGAUUUAAUUUAGUAUUGUUGUGUAUUAUAUUGGAAAUAAUUAAUAUAAAAUGUGAUACGAAAGAAUUUUCAGCAUGUUAUGGAACAUAUAAGAAUUUUCUAGAACUAGAAUGUGAUUGGGGUGAUAAAAUAACAAUACAUAAAGUAUUUCAUGGAGCUAAAGCAAUUCAUCUAGAAUGUCCUUAUCCUACUGAUCAGAGCUCUUAUAAAGAGGAUUGUUGUGUGCCACAUAAAGAGGAUUGUAUGUUUGAAAUCAAACCAGCAGAAAAAAUAUCCUAUGAAACAAACUGUAAUGGUAAAUCUCAAUGUCAGUUAUUAGCAAUGUGGAAAGCCACCACUGGUAUCUGUGAUCCCAAAAAAUUUAACCCUCACACAAACUUUAUGAAAAUAACCUAUUCAUGUUCAUCAGAAAGAACAACUAGAACAACACAAUCACCAACUAAAACAACUUUAUAUAGCACUUUAACAACAACACAUAGUGUACCGUUAGUACUUGAAGAUACCAAUAAAAUACAUACAACUACUACAAGUAUUCUACCUACUACAAUAUCAGUAAAUGCUUUAGGAUCAGCAACUAAAUCAUCACCCACUCAUGAGUCCACAAGAACUUACCAGAUAGAGAAUACACCAAGAUCCAGUACUAACUCUGGUCUCAUAGAAGAAGAUUCUUUUGCUUUUACAACAGGCAUGAUGGGUGGUAUGGUAGCAGCUAUUAUAGGUUUAAUGUUAACAAUAUUUGGUUUUAUAUUUUACUGGGGAAGGAAAAGGCGACAUCUUACUAUGACCAAACCUCAAUCCAGUGUGUGGGAUUUUUUGUUGGCUCAAAACAUAACAUUUAGACCAUUCCGUAGAGGAGGGUAUGAUAAUUUUAAUAGUCACCGCUCUUCUAUUAGUUCUGAUGGAGAAACUAGUUCGCCUGUUACAAGAAAAUCUAAUUGGACACCUAAUAUUGCUGUUGAAACUGUGAAUGUGGAACCUACAACAUCUGAUGAUAAUUGUAGCAUUGUGGAUGUCCAUAGACAUGUGUAA